UAUUAUAAUGCUUCAAAGAUUUAAAGAUGUGAAGCAAGGACUCCGUAACUUGGUAAUUUGCAAUCAAUGGUCAUCAUAUAAAGAUGAUGAUCCUAAUCAAGCAUUGUUUAUAAAAGAGAAGUUGUUGGAUGAUGAUUGGUGGAACACUUUGCAGUAUGUUAUUGAUUUUACAAAACCUAUCAUAGAAAUGCUUAGAUUAUGCGACACAGACGAGCCUUGUCUUCACUUGGUUUAUGAAAGGUGGGAUCGAAUGAUAGAUGAGGUAAAGAGCAUUAUACAUCGCCACGAGGGCUUACAAGAAUAUGAUAUUUCACCAUUUCAUAUGGUGGUGGACGGGAUUUUAACAGAUCGUUGGAGUAAAAGUAGCACACCGCUUCACUCUUUGGCACAUUCAUUGAACCCAAGGUAUUAUAGUCGUCAGUGGCUUGAUGAACGUCCAGGGCGUGUUCCACCACAUAGAGAUCUUUAGAUUGCAGGUCAAAGAUUGAAGUGUUUCGAGAGGUAUUACGAUGCGGAUGAGUUAAGAGAAGUUAACAUUGAGUAUGC